AUGAUUGACUACAGCGAGUCAUGGCUCAUCCUCACGCUCUUGAAGUGGAAAGGAUCCGUCUUCCCUCGGUCCUGCCUCUUUGCGCUGCCAGCAGCCCUGAUCACCGUGGUCCUCGUGCAGGCUCAAGAUGUCCUGGAGUUCGACCUGCGGCAGGAGCUUGGUUUGAUGGAUGCUCAUCGAAGUCAGCUUUGGAUCAUCUCUUUAGGCGUCCUCCAUGCUCUCCUGGUCUUUCGCAUCAACCGGGCGAUGGAGCGCUUCUGGGAAGGGACUGGCCUGCUGCAUCAGAUGCGGGGAGAAUGGUUCGAUGCGGUGAGUUGCUGCGUGACAUUCUCUCGGGCAUCAAUGAUAAGCAGGCCUCAAGACACAAUGCGGUUCCGACAUGCGAUAGUGCGCCUGAUGAGCCUCUGCCAUGGAAGUGCUUUGGAGGAGAUCGGAGGCGAAGAUGGAGACUUUUGCGAAACCAUCGAUUCGCAUGGCUUAGCCACUCGCACCUUAGAGCACUUGACAGACUGUGCAGAGGAGUACGAUUUCAAUCGGGUUGAAGUGCUGCUGCACAUGAUCCAGUCACUCAUUACUCACAAUUUGGAUGUGGGGGUGCUGAAAGUGCAGCCCCCCAUCCUGUCUCGAGUCUAUCAGACCCUCUCCAGAGGAUUCGUGAAUCUUUUAAAUGCCAAGAAAAUUGCAGAUACAAGGUUUCCGUUCCCUUUCGCGCAGCUCAUUUCGGCGCUCUUGUUUUUGCACGUUGUACUACUUCCUGUUCUGAUUUCUGCGGUGAUUUCGCAAGCAUGGUUAGCCUUCACGUUCACGUUUCUUCCAAUCUUCUCGAUGUGUUGUCUCAACUACAUCGGAGUUGAGCUUGAGAACCCCUUCGGUCGAGAUGAUAACGACUUGCCCUUGAAGCACUUCCAGGUGCUGCAGCUUGGAGCACAACGAGACAAUGAGAGAGCUGAAGACAAGAUUGAGCGAAAGAGUACAGACCAGACGGAUGCAUUUCUCGAUCGACCGGUGCAUUGGGCUCCAUUGGCUGCAGCUGCGCAUGAUCCGUUGUGGGCACCGUGCAAUCACAAGUUUUGUCGCCACUGCAUCAUCCAGGUGCUGAAGAGCCGUGCGCCCGAAUGGGCCGGGGACUGCCCGCUCUGCCGAAUCCAUAUCAGUGUCUACAAUCUGCGCGAUGAACACAACGAGCUUCUUGUGCAACCUGAUGUGCUCGAACUGUGGGGUUGCAUUUUCGUCCAGAAUGGACAGACAGGUUUGGCCAGCUAUCAUUUUGACUCGCCAGAUCAAUGUUACAUAUCUUACGAGCAGGCCCCGGCGCACUGGCGCUUGGAUGAUGGAAGCAAGCCACCUUCCAAGAAGUACUGGACAGAUGUCAGCUUUGACGCAAAAACCUCAACCUUCCGCGGCGCUGAGAUGAACAACUGCCUGCUGAUGCUGCUGCACUACAGCGCGGACUUGAUGGCCGGCAUUUGCAAGCAGCGCUGUCUCAUGGACAUCAUGGAGAUCAGAAAGGCUAUGCACGGCACUUUGUCCGAAAGUUGGCUUCAGGAAACCAUCGACAAGGCGCCAGGCAGCCCUGCCGAAGCCAACGUCAAAGACGUUGAGGAAGAAGAGUCUCAGCCCAACUCUGUACAAGAAGCUGGCGUGGAGGUUGUCCUGCCAUUAGCGACACAAGGCGAGACCUCGUCGGACGGUGGAGCUGCUCCGAUUUUCGAGGAGCCCGCCUUUGAAGAGAAGCUGCAGCCUACAACACUGCUACAAGGCAUGGACCAGGCAGUGAUGGCACUGACGGGUAUCAGACAGGCGAUUGCGAUGCAAGCGACUGAUGUCGAUCGAAGCAUCGAUGGGUUCUUGGCCUUGGCAAAGAAGCUGAGGACUCAAACCGACGAUCUUAUUGCAGACGAAGCUGAACCAGCAGACGUGGAGUUCACGUUUGGAUGGGACUGCUCGGCCAUUCCCUCCUUCGAGGCCUCCAGCUGA